AUGGACGCGACAGUCCUAGGCAUGGACCCGCUCACAUUCACACUCACCGCCCUCUCCGCACUCGGGGUCCUCUGCUCGACCGCGGCAUUCCUCGCGCGGCGCUACGGGCGCUGGCGGUGGUGCUACUUCCGAGACCGCGACCUCGACCUGUGGCUUGCGUCUGCGGAGGGCAUGGAUCGCGUUUGGGAGGCUUUUGAAAGGCUGUGUGGGAUUGUUGUUGAGGCUCAGUGCGAAGGUGGGCCCACGGGGACGUGUGCUGGGAGGGGUGUGCAUGGCAAGCACUUGGUGCGGCUCCGCUGGCACGUCGAGAGGUUGGAGUACCAGCUGAAGACGCUGAUGCUCGCUACGACACCAAGGUCUACUACUACUAGUACUACGUCCGAGUCCCCAGCAAAAGGCGGUAUCGUGCAGACGCUCCGGAGGUGGUUCAAGACUAUCGCGUUUCUCCGGCUUUCCCAGGAGAUCCGCGCGUUCGCGCUUAGUCUUAGGAUGAUAACGAAGCAGAUGGAGCGCGUCAAGUACGCGAGACUCGGACUUGGAAUGGGGCGCGACGAUGGGCUAGAGACGAGUACGACAGACGCGGAUGACCUCUCCGCGCUGGAAGCGGCAGUCGAAGCCGCCAUCGAGUCGCUUCUCGCGUCUCUCCCUGCUCCAAAAGAAAAUACAGCAGAUUCCUCGCAGAGCUGGAAAGCUAUACGUAUCCACGAUCUCGAAGCGAACGUGAACAACUACGCUCCAUCAACGGAUAUUAUUCUCCCGAUGAUUCAGAAGCCGCCGCGACUGCAUUUGUCUGCCGUGCGCAAGCUGAGCUGCAGCGUGCAGUGA